GCUCCAGAGCUGAAAAUUUUACUUCCAAAUCGUCAGUUAGCACUGCUGAGGGUCACGCUGAAAGCUCUGAAUCUACAAUUUUUAGAGCUGUGAAUUCAUAGCUGGUUACUAGAUUGGCAGAACGUGUUCUGUAAAAAGCCCCGAUCAAAAACUAUCUUUAUAUCACAAAAAUUACGUUCACAAUUUAUAGAGAUGCGUGACUUAAUUUGCAGGAAAUACAUUUUGCCAAUCGAGACUUUGCUGCUCAUGCAACUGGACAUAAUGAGUACAAAUGCGAUAUUUGAUACAUGUCUUCACAUAAACAACCAUUUCUUAUUGGUCCUGAUAAAUGUGGGCUAAACGUCUUCUCAAUUAAUUCAAUGCUCAAUAUUUUAACUGCAACUGCUAUCCCGACAUUUAAUAAAUAUUAUUUCAUGCACAAAUUAUUCAUUUUCUCAUAAAUACAUACGUACCCACAGUUCAGGUCUUUUCCGAACGCUAAGUUAGAAUUUUUUUGUUAGAAAUAAAUUACUAUCAUUAAGGGGUAACAAAAAUGGCGUCAGCAUUCCCCGAAGACAAUUUUGAGUGUCUUACCUGCUCCGAGUCACUCCAACAAGGUUUAAGGCUAGUACUGAAAUGUGGUCAUGGAUUUUGUGCCAGUUGCUUGCUCCAAGAUGUAAUUGAACAACUUUCAGAGAAUAAUUUGACCAAUGAAAUUAGUGGCCAAGUUGACAAAGAUCGUGAAACUAUAUCCAACCUGAGAUGUCCAUUUAAUCCAUUUUGUGAUGGAUUUGUGACAUCAGACGUUUUCCAACCAGUAUUGGGACAUGAGUUGUAUAAAAAAGUUAAAAAUGUCUUACCAUCAAGGCAAAUAGAUCGUGGGAACGAAAUUGAUCGGCAAAACUGUCCUCGUUGCUCAACCCCAGCAGGAUCUGUUGAACUGGACUGCUUUCUAGCAACCUGUCAUCCAUGCGGAUAUGUUUUUUGCACCAAUUGUAAAUCAGAUUAUCACGGCUACGAUUGCAAUUUAAAGCUCGACUCCAAAAGUAAAAUUCAACAACAGGGCAACAAAGAUUUCGACUUUACUGAACUCUUAUUUGUUUUGGAACAAGUUUUGGAUGAAAAUGCCAAGCAAAGGGACGCCACGACUAGGUCGGCUAAAACCCUUAAAAAAGUUGGUGUUAAACAAUUUUCUCCCGUAUUUGAAUGCUGUAUCUGCCUUAAUGACGAUAUAGUACUGAAUCAAAUCGUCGACUUUGGCUGUUCUCACACCAACGCUUGCAAAAAUUGUACGAAAUCUUACUUUGAAAAUUAUAUACAAAAUGGUCAAAUAUUUGAGCUCAAAUGUCCCUCGCCUGGUUGUGGGAGGAUGGCGUCACAAGCCUUAAUUAAAGACUUGGUGGAUCCACAAGCAUUCUUUAAGAUGGAGGAUUUGCAAUUGAACGAUGCGCUGAAAGAGUUUCCGGAAAUUGUCCACUGUCCCAAACCCGACUGUCAAAUGAUGAUUCAAGCCCAACCCGAGUAUGGAUUUUGCCCAAGCUGCGAAUAUAGUUUUUGUACGGCAUGCUUCCGCCCAUUUCAUGGGUCAACGCCAUGCGGGCUCACGGAUGUCGAAAUGCAGGAAAGGAUGCGAAAAUAUGUGACUGCUGACGAGGCAGAAAAACGACGCAUGGACGAGGAAGAAAAGCAAGCGAGAAAAGUUCAAGAUGACGAAAGUGAAAAGCUUAUUAAAAAUAUUUACAAAAAAUGUCCGUCUUGUCCGACAAAUAUUGAGAAAAUUGAUGGAUGCAACAAACUAGUUUGCACAAAAUGCCAAACCAUAUUUUGUUGGUUGUGUGGGAAGAAAAUUUCGAAUGUAGAUCCCUACCAGCAUUUCAGGGCUGGCGAGUGCAAAUUAUUUGAGGUCCCUCCAGACUACGAUUCAGAUUGAUGGAAUCUUAAAUUAUUUAUUGCAAAAUGGGUCAAACAAAAUUGUUCUCUUUAACGAUAUUUACCUAUGCAAUUAAUCACGUCAAUUAGGUCAAAGAUAUAAUUUUUUUCAACUUGGGGACACGAUAUUGCACAUUUAGAAAAGUACGACGUAAGAGACACUAAUUAAAAAAACGGUAGGAAUAGGAACCUAAUUAGAGCACAAAGUCAGCCAAAUCCAGUUUAAUUUUAGCCACACAAAUCGGUAUAAAUUGCUAUGUAUAAAAAUAUAAUGACCAUUAACGCAAACCUUAAUGUAAGUGUAAGCACGUAAAUUUUUUAAUGCUUUUAAGACUUCCCUUAUAUUGCGUACCAAAAGAUUAUACAAACAAAUGUUCCUUAGAGAAAUAUAGAAUAUUGCCUCAUUUUCAGUGCACCAGUUUUAAAAGUUGCAGACUUCAUACAAUAAUGGGUUCCUCUAAAUUAACAAACUUGAGUAUCUUUCUUACAAGAAAAAUAGUUGUUUCAAUAAAACCUCAAUAUAAGGAAUCCAAGAAUAAAAUAUUUUCAGAAAUAUA